GAGCACUAAUGAGCAGGCUGAGAGAGCGCAGCCUCGACGCACACAUCUCCCAUCAGCUGAGGAGAAGCAGCAGCAGCAGCAGCAGCUCCUGAUCUGGAGCCACUGAUCASCAGUCAGUUGACGGGGCGAAGUGAAUGACAUCGCUGGGAAAAGGCGCAGGAGAGGUCGUGAACAAACACAUCAGCAGUCAGCAGAGAGAGCAGGUUGAGGUUGACCCUCGGUGCACUUUAUUUGCUCAGAGAAGAAGCAGGAGCUCCACCAUGGAGGAGACACUCACCUGUAGCCGGAGUCCUUUCUCCCAGGUGUUUGGGCGGCAGGGUCAGCUCAUGCAAGCCACUGUGCAGUCUUUGAACAGUUUGAACGACCAGAUCGCGAGCUUCAUGGUGUCGGGUCCCAAGUCCCUGGAGCAGGAGGAGCAGGCCUAUGCUCCUCCAGAGAAAGAGACUCUGCAGAAGUCCAUGAACCUGAUGAGGCACCUCCUGGUUGAUGCUCAGGCAAAAAUCUUGAAAAUGAUGGAUGACAACAAGCAGCUGGCCCAGCGCAUCGAUGGGGCCAUUCAGUCWGCCAGCCAGGAGGUGACCAACCUGCGGUCAGAGCUGAGCGCCACCAGUCGCAGACUGGCCGAGCUGGGAGCGACAGACUCCUCUGCCAGCAUGCUGGAGACCCUGCAGCACAACCACAAUGAUUCCUCUCCCCACCAUAAGCAGAAGCCACCAGCCACAGACCUCUGCUACAAAACUGAAAUCAGCAGUCUCAUGGAUUUCAACUCUCCAGAUGCCUCUCUUGACAAAGUUCUGCUGCGCGAGGAGGUGGCCCAGCUCCAGGAGGAGGUGCACCUGCUGCGGCAGAUGAAGGACAUGUUGAGUAAGGACUUGGAGGAGACCCAGGGAGGCUGCUCGGCUGACGUCCUCUCUGCCACUGAGCUCCGGGUUCAGCUGGCUCAGAAGGAGCAGGAACUGGAUCGAGCCAAGGAGGCUUUACAAGCCAUGAAGUCGGACCGGAAGCGUCUCAAGGCGGAGAAGGCUGAUCUGGUGAACCAGAUGCAGCAGCUUUAUGCCACACUGGAGAGCCGGGAGGAGCAGCUCCGCGACUUCAUACGCAACUACGAGCAGCACAGAAAAGAGAGCGAGGAUGCAGUAAAGGCUCUGGCUAAAGAGAAAGACCUCCUGGAAAGAGAGAAGUGGGACCUGCGACGGCAGACCAAGGAAGCCACCGAGCACACGGGGAUGCUCCGCUCCCAGCUUGACCUCAAAGAGAACCGCAUCAAGGAGCUGGAGGCAGAACUCGCCAUGAUGAGUAACUGUCUCAAUCAGAGAAUGGAGUUCCGAGUGUUUGAACACCUUGUGGACAGGGACUACUCUCCCAAGGUCAUGGUGGCUAAACAGUCGCUAGCCACCCUGACGAAAGACGUGCCCAAGCGUCACUCCCUGGCCAUGCCGACGGAGGCGGUCGUCAACGGCAACAACCAGGAGUGGGUGAUGCAGGCUGAUCUCCCCUUGACUGCGGCUAUCAGACAGAGUCAGCAGACCCUAUAUGUCCAUUCAGGGCAUCCCACCGACCGACAAGUGGCUGCCGUGCGGGUGAGCCCGUGCCACUCGCGUCAGCCCUCCAUCAUCUCUGACGCCUCUGCGAUGGAGGGAGACYGGUCGUCCACCCCCAGCGACAUCAACUCACCGCGUCAUCGGACUCAUUCGCUCUGCAAUUCCCUAGAAGAUCUGGAGGAGGCGAAGCGUAAGAAGAAGAAAGAGAAGAUGGGCUUGGGGUCAYUGUCGCGUGUCUUUGCCCGGGGAAAGCAACGCAAGUCUCUGGACCCUGGUUUGUUUGAUGGUACUUCAACACCCGAUUAUUACAUAGAGGAGGAUGCAGACUGGUAAAGCACACACAUCUAAGCGAACCACCUGAAGAGCUGUUGGGGCACUUGUCAGAGGACGUCACUGUGCGAUGGGGGAAUGAGUGUCACUGUGUGUACAGAUAUACUAUUUUGUGUGCCUGUGUAGUUUUCACCUGCACGCAUACUUGUAGGUGUGUGAUAAUGUGCACGUGAGUGUGUUUCCUGUGGUCAGAAGCCAUGUCAGAAGUCAGAGGCGCCUUUUAUUUUGUUUGAUUGAAGUGUAAAUCUUGAAGUAAAUUGCACUGUAUGUAAUGUACAGUCUUGUAAAUAACAGGGAGAGGGUAAUGCAGCCACAACACGGACCUGCUCUGUUGUUCCCGCUCUCCCAAACAGCUGUGUUAAUGCAAUUGUUCUGCAAUUUUGACUUUUUGUUUUCAUUCGACUGGAAACUUGAAGGACUGCUGUAACUUGUAAAUAACAAUUGUUGUGCACUUUGUGCGUGUAAAUGUUCCCAUGUCCCAAAUGCCUUUUUUGUUCUUUUGGAUAUGUAACCCCCCCCACUAUUUAAAGUCCUCCCUGUUUUUUGUCCUGCCUGGUACCCCCCACCCCUCCUCACACACCACCACCCCCUCCCCCACGCUGCCAUAAUGAGAACAGUUUCCUGUAGGCAACAUGCAGACUCCUCAAAUCCGCCAUCAAUUCGGCUGUCGGGUAACUGCACAGAGAUGCUCAUUGACUCAAAAACCUGACAAAAAAAAGAAGAAGAAGCUGAGCGUGGAAACCAAAAUCUGUGAUUAACAGUUUGUGUCACAGUGCCAUGAAGUCUAACAGGAAAUGCAAGAAAUGUUUCUAUCUGCUCAGAUAGAAGAUGCACACUAAACAUGUGACAUGCAUGGUUUCACAGUUCCCCACAAUGCAUGCAGAACUCUGAGAGAUGUUAACAAGAAGGUGGUUUAAAAAGAGAGGUCAGUUUUUCAUGAUUUUCUCUAUUUUUAGGAGAAGAUUUCUAAAUGUGACCUGUUUUUUUGUUUGUUUUUACUGCUUUAAUUCAAAUAUAAGGUUUUAUCGCCUCACCCAAAAUGCAUCUUAGUUUUAAUCUGCACCUGCGAGGCAAACCUGUCAUGCAAAAUUACAUUUGAAAUAUUAAAGCUCAGCAACAUCUCCAAAGAAACCCUGCUUUGAAUUGUUAAAUAAUUAUUCUGCUCUGUCCCAUUCCUUUUUGAAGAAUCUCACAGUUGCUUGAAGCAAUCAUUAUAUUCAUACUGUAWAAACGCUUCUGAUGGGGAUAGGAUUAUACCAUGAGAAAUCAGUCUAAAACUGAUGGUCAAGCCUUUUAUAUACCCGUGGAACUGAGGUAAUUUUAAAAUGAUGACCAGAACCUGAAUUAAGGGGAGAAAAUAUUAAACAAACUACUAUGACAUUAGUGAUUGCCACCUGUGAGGGUUAAAAAUCAGGGUUUAAACACUCCAUUAAUUCAAAUAUCUAGCUUUUUAAGUAACCCUGUGAACUCACCAGAAAUUCCUAUGCGGCAUUUAAGCCACGGCAGAAAAAAGGGAAAAAAAGCAAUUAACUUUGUGCCAAAGGUUAAUAACAUUUCUUCAAGCAAAAGAAUGUCUGUAUACACUGGAUUCUUUUCAUCCUGGAUUGAGUCUGAGUCUGCACUGCCCCCUCUGGAAAUCUUUUCUCUACCUGAUAAUAAACUAACACUGGGUAUUCAUCAGUGUCACCUAAAACCCAACAGAGUGCCAGAUUACAUGGAAGCUGUUUCUACCAGCAGUGUUUAUCAGGGUUGUUCAUACGAGCAGUGAGGUGAAUCYAUUUAACUCUUUGCUCAGUCUUUUUACGCUAAUAGAUUAAAAAAAAUAAUCCAUGAAUGAAAUUCUAGGAUAAAUCACCACAUAGUUGUAUACAUAGGAAGAAGAGCUCAGCUAAGUUAUGUAAUUACCAUAUAUUGACAUUUAUGACAGUAAACUUUUUAUGUUUUAUCUGUUGAUUGGGGAAGCAACAUAUCAAAAGAAACACAUUGUAUAGUUUCCUUUAUUUUGAGCCACUUUUUUCCACAGAUAUUUAAAUUUUUUGUAAAUGAGAUAUACUUACAGAAAUGAAAUGAAAAUUAAAAUAAUAAUAAUAUUAAUAAUUAUUAUUAUUAUUAUUAUUAUUAUUUUUAUCAAAGAGUUUUAUUUAAAGUCAAAGGUGUAGGCCUCAGUGGAGGAUUUCUAUUCUGAAGCCCUGAGAUGUUUUAGAAUUAGCAACUUUUUAAGGCAUGGCAACAAUGUUACAUCAUAAAGAACUAAAUAAGAAAAAGAAAACGUAUUUUAAAAUAAAAGAAAUCUCAAUGAUU